AUGAAGAAAGUAGGCGCAGUGGAGAAGAUGCAAGUCCUGGAGAUCAACCUGAUCUCCGGCCAGGGCUUGAAGCCUCCGUCGGGGACGCUACGGCGGAUGAAGACCUACGCCGUCGCCUGGGUCGAGUCGAGCCACAAGAUCCGGACCCGGGUCGACAAAGUCGGAGCCGAAAACCCGACUUGGAACGACCGCUUCCUCUUCAAAGUCUCCUCCGAAUUCCUCGCCAGAGAAACCUCCGGGAUCACGAUCGAGAUCUACGCCGUCGGAUCCUUCCGCGACCAUCUCGUCGGCACCGUCCGAUUGAUCCUCAGCAACUUUCUUGACCUGGAUUCCAAGAUCCCGUCCUUCACGGCGCUCCAGAUCCGCCGGAGGUCCGGUAGGUUCCACGGCGUUCUCAACGUCGCCGCGCUGGUGAAUCACGAGUCGGAGUGGUCCAAGGAGCUAGACGACGUCUCGGCGAUCGGGUACCAAGAUUUGAUGGGGAAAGGCGAGAGCUUCCGGCGCCGGCGACGGAGGGACAGCCUGACUCGGUCGACGGCAAGCUUCUCCGGCAGCGAGUCGAGGGAGAAUUCCUCGUGCAACGAGUCGGUUAACUCGGACAGCGGCGACUCUUUACCUUCGUCUCCGGCGUACAAAUCGCCUUCGAAGCUGACGUCACCGGCGUACAAAUCGCCUUCGAAGCUGAGUUCUCCGGCGUACAAAUCGCCGUCGAAAGCGACAUCGCCGGCGGCGGAGAAGAGGGCGCUGAAGGAGAUGAACGGCGUGAGGGAUCUAGCGGCCGGAACCAAGGCUCUGAGGACAGCUGUCCCAUCGGACGGCGCCCGCUUCUUGUGCUGCUUGCUCACGACGCAGAGGAAGGUUCAGUCAUCGGAGGAUAGGUGAAAAAUAGGUAAAAACUGUAAAAAUAAAGAGUGGUGAAAAAAUGGAGAGAGGGUGAAAAAUUGUGAUUUGAGUUAGCGUGGAGGGCUACGUCGUCGUUUUGUUGGGUUUGAGCAUGCAUUUGAUUGGCUGGUGGGUGAAGGGCUUUAGUUUCUUCUUGACUCUCUCUCAAUUAAUCCCUGGAUAUGGAGAUUCAGAAUGCAGAUAAUGCCCUGGAAUUGCUUUACCGGGAGCUUCAGCAUGCUCUGUUUGUGUAUAAGAGAAGGACAAUUCUCUAUGAUGCAUUUGUGUUCUACAUUUUCGAAUUCACAUUACUAGUGACCAUGACUCGUAAAAUGAUCCCGGAACUUGACGUACGCCGAAGAGAAGCUACUAGAUUUGUAUCUUGGGUAAAAUUGAAGCGGUGU